AUGUCAAACGCCGAUCCACAUGUAGAAGAUGAAGAGGAUGAAUACCUAUACGGUGAAACUAUCGCGGAACGAAAAGAACAAGACACGCAGGACGCGCAAGCAGAGUCCUCUGCUGAGCCCAUGAGCGAAGAAAGCGAUGAUUCUGACAUCGAGUUCAUUAUUGAAACGAAACCAGGAGAACGAGCUGAACCUCCAGGUGGCACCUCUAGCAUUUAUGGAGUGGGUAAGCCUGGCCUGCGAAAGCCAGCGGAACGACCAACAGUCGAAGUCAAAUCAAUGGAGCCUCAAGAAACCUCUGCUGCAGCAGAGACUGCACAGCAAAUAGACAUUAAUCCUACAGCAAAAAUAGACGGAAAACCCAUUUUUGAAGUAGACCUGGAGUCCUUUGAAGAUAAGCCCUGGCGGAAACCUGGUGCUGACAUCUCUGACUACUUCAAUUAUGGGUUUGACGAAUUCACGUGGGCAGCAUACUGUGCCAAACAAACAACUUUGCGUGAUGAUUUUAGCCCUCAAAAGUUUAUGGCUAGUCUCAUGGGAGGCCCUAUGCCAUCCGGUGAUAUGAAUAAUGCCCCAGACUUCCAAGCUAUGAUGUCUGGCUUCCCCCCCUUCAUGCCAAUGCCACCUCCUCCUAUCGCUGCAGCUUCCCAAGACGAACUCAACUACUCACGUCCCCCUUUCCCCGUUCCCACUCCUACACCUCCUCUUGCCGGUAGUGUGGAUUCUGCAUCGCAAAUGAAUAGUGGUGCAAACACUCCUUCACAUGGAUACCAUAGUUCCAAUGGUAUGCAUCCUUCCAACUUACGAGAAAAUGAAAGUCCUGCUCGUUCACCGAACCAUUAUGGCAGGCCUGAAAGUGGCCACGGUCCAUAUCAGCAAAGCUCUGCUAGCUAUGGUGGCAAUACCCCAAAUACUAUGCAACCGUCGUCUGGAGGUAAUUAUAACCCGACUAGAGGCUCUUAUGGCGAUCGCUCUCACAAUAACAAUUACUCCGGACCACCUAGACGGCGACAAAUGUCUCCAGACAGAUACGGUGGUUAUUCUAGUUCUAGAGGAAAUGGCGGCCGGUAUCGUCGAAAUCGCUACAACUGA